CCCGGAAGCGGAAGCAGCGAUGCCGAAGCGCAGCAGAAAGAAGAAGAAUGUGAGAAUCAGUGUUCGGCUGCUGCAGCUCGGUUCUUUCAGAGGUUUUGGGCUCGGUUGGUUCUGUUUGUCCUCUGCUGGUUGUUGAGCCGUGUGAAGGGGACGAUGGGUUCUGAAGCAGCGGACCGGGUGGCCUCUGCGACCCGGCCCGGCACACCUCCUCAGAUCUCCUGGUUCGAGUUCCUCCUGGACGGCAGCCUGCUGGAGGAACACCUGCAGAAAACCAGCCCGGACCCAAGUCCAGUCCAGCUGAUAGUCCAGUUCCUGGAGCAGGCCUCCAAACCGUCUGUGAACGAGCAGAACCAGGUUCAGCCGCCCGUGGACAACCGCAGGAACCGGACCCUGAAGCUGCUGGCGCUGAAGGUAGCGGCUCACAUGAGGUGGGAUCUGGACCUCCUGGAGAAAGGUCUGACCACCCCGGUGCUGAACAUGCUGCUGAACGAGCUGCUGUGUGUCAGCAAAGUGCCGGCAGGAGUCAAACACGUGGACCUGGACCUGUCCACCCUGCCCCCCACCACCGCCAUGGCCGUCAUCAUCUACAACCGCUGGGCCAUCAGAACCAUCGUGCUGAGCAGCUUCCCAGAGAAACAGAACAAACCUGGACCUCAUCAGAUGAACAUCUGAAGGAGCAGGCAGACGACUCCAUCAGGGUUCUGGAGGGAGCGCUCUGCUUGAAGAAAGACUUCUACAUCCACACCCUGAGGACUCUGGACCUGAUGGGUUCUGACGCUGCAGCCAACGGAGAGACGGAGUCGUCCACGGCCGGGCUUCAGAUCAGCGCCGACGAGCUGCACUGUCAGGUCCACUACGAUCUGGGAGGGAUCUUCUUCCAGCAGGGCUGCACGGACCAAUCAGCUUACGAGAAAGCCCGGGACCACUUCAGACAGACCAACGAGCUCCUGAAGAAGCUGGACCAGGCGGUCCACGUCCACCUGGAUGGGAAGCGUCUGGCAGGAUACUGGAACGCCUGCAAGGCUCUGACCGGAGACCGUGACCCAUCUGACCCCCACACCACCCAGUACGACCAGAUCAACAGCCUGAUCCGGACCCACAACUACCAGGCCCUCAUCGAAGCCUUCAUCAGAGACAACACGUCCCUCAGUCUGCAGAGACACUUCAGACACUCCGUCCUCAGGGAGUUCCUCUACAAGGUCCAACAAGGGGAGUCCAGUCUGGAGAACGUGUGUCACAAGCUGUGUGUGUGUAACGCCGUCAGAGACGCCCUGGAGGGACAGAUCCUCAGCGUGGGUUUCCAGCAGCUGCUCCUCAAACCCAGCAGACACAGUGUGGACUUCAUGCUGGAGGUCUGCACUCGCUCUCUGGAGACGGACCGUCCGUCCGAGGCGUCCAGGAGGAGCAUGGCUCGCUUCUUAAGGACUCUGUGUGAAGGCCUGGAGGACCUGUCCCUGGUCUUUGUGGUGACGUCUCACAAACUGUUCCUGGAGCUGCUGAAGGAUGAGGAGAGGAAGACUCUGCUGGAGCAGAUGAGGAAGAGGGCGGCCACCGUCAACCUGAGCGCCAAACCUCUGCCCUCUUUCUACGACAUCCCAGCUUCAGCCAGUGUGAACAUCGGGCAGCUGGAGCAGCAGCUCAUCCUGUCCCUGGACCCCCGCAGGAUCAGACAGAUCCUCAUCGAGCUCCAAGGUCUGGCAGAGAGACCCUUCUGGAGGGUCAACAGUAAGUGGGAGGUUCCUGCAGAAUACUCCAGCAUCAUCCUGGGGAUCAAAGACCCCCUGACCAAAGACCUGGUCUACAUCCUGAUGGCUAAAGGACUCCACUGCACCUCCAUCAAGGACUUCGGCCACGCCCGGCAGCUCUUCUCCUCCUGCCUGGAGCUGGUCACAGAGUUCUCCCCGAAGCUGCGGCAGGUCAUGCUGAACGAGAUGCUGCUGUUGGAGGUCCGAGCUCACGAGACGGCGGCGGCCGAGGGCAGCAAGGAGCGACCGCCGCCCGACCUGGUCAGCAGGGUCCGAGGCUACCUGGAGAUGAGGAUCCACGAUGUUCCUCUGCGUCAGGUGAUCGGUGAGGAGAGCGUGGCCUUCAUGUUGAACUGGAGAGAGAACGACUACCUGACCCUGCAGGUGCCUCCGUCUCUGCUCAUGAGCAACCCCUACAUCAAGCUCGGCCAGCUCCUGGCCUCCACCUGCAAAGAGCUGCCAGGUCCUAAAGAGAGCCGGCGCACAGCCAAGGAGCUGUGGGACGUGGUGGUCCUGAUCUGCAGCGUGUCGCUCCAACACAAGCGCAGCAGCGACGGCCGUCUGGGUCUGAUCAAACAGAGGGAGUCGUCUCUGGGCAUCCUGCAGAGGAACAAGUUCAUCACCUUCAUCAAGAAGCUCAGAGAGCCGCUGGUCCUGACCACUCUCAUCUCUCUGUUCGUCAGACUGCACAGCAUCGUACGAGAUGACAUCGUUAAUGAAGUGACAGCAGAACAUCUCUCCAUCUGGCCGUCCUCUCUUCCAAACAUUCAGGCGGUGGACGUGGAGGCUGUAGCUGUCACCGUUAAAGAGCUGGUGUCUUACGCUCUGACCCUGAACCCCAACAACCAGUCAUGGCUCGUCACGCAGGCCGACAUCUACUUCGUGACCAACCAGUACUCUGCUGCAGUGAACUUCUACCUGCAGGCCGGAGCCGUGUGCUCUGACUUCUUCAGCAAACCUGUUCCUCCUGACGUGUACACGGACCAGGUGCUGAAGAGGAUGAUCAAGUGCUGCUCCAUGAUGAACUGUCACACUCAGGUGGCCGUUCUGUGUCAGUUCCUCAGAGAAGUCGACUACAUGACGGCGUUCAAAGCUCUCCAGGAGCAGAACAGCCACGACGCCAUGGACUCGUUCUACGACUACAUCUGGGACGUGACCAUCCUGGAGUACCUGACCCAUAUCCACCACAAACGAGGAGAGACGGAGAAGAGGCAGAUAGCUGUGAAAGCCAUCGGGCAGACGGAGCUGAACAGCAGUAACCCAGAGGAAGUUCUGCAGCUCGCCGCUCACAAGAGGAAGAAGAGGUUCCUGCAGGCCAUGGCCAAACUCUACUUCUAACCCCUGUGGGAGAAACGGACUUUUAUUUUGUAAAAUAUGAUCAGUUUACCUGUUUCCUGUUUGUUCCUGAUGUUCAAAUAAAAGCAGCAGAAGAAACCAACAACAAGGAAGUAUUUAUUGUGCAAAAGGACUCCAGAGACCGGUUGUGGAGAGCAGCUCAGUGACUAAC